GAGAGAGUCCAGAGGGACAUCGCCCAGAGCCAGGAUAGCGAGCUUAGCCUCUCUGCCUCGCUGGCCCAGGAUUAAGGGUCCAUCCAUCGGGGCCCCUUCCCCCUCCUCAGCCUCGCUCCGCUCCGGGGCCCCUUUAAGACAGGGCUGGUCCUCUCCUCCCCGGGUUAACCCCUCCAAGCCCAGGUGGCCCCCUGGGCUCCGUCCUGUGGGCGGAGGCAGAGGGGGAGCCAGGGGCGGGGAAAGGGUUGCCCGAAGUCUGGGAGGGAGAGUAGGAGGCAGGGGAGCAGGGGAGGCGGCCGCUGAGCAGAGCCGGCAAGGGGCCCUCCGUGGCAGGCAGGCAGUGCCAAAUCCGGGGAGCCCGGAGCUGGGGGGAGGGCUGGGGACAGCCCGGCCCUGCCCCCACCCCCACGGCGUGCCCGGCAACUUCUGAGGAAAGUUUGGCAUCGUUCGAGUGGUGCCCCGAGGAUGGGCAGGGUCCUGCUGGCCUGGUGCUGGGCGCUGUGCUGCUGGGGGUGCGUGGCCCCCAAGGGCACACAGGCUGAGGCAGACCCUUUCGUGGAGAGUCCAAGGAACAUCACCGGUGCCCGGGGACUUGUGGGGACCCUUCGGUGUGAGCUCAAGGUUCAGGGGGAGCCCCCUGAGGUGACCUGGCUUCGGGAUGGACAGGUGUUAGAGCUGGCCGACAGUACCCAGAUGCAGGUGCCCCUGGGCGAAGACGGGGAGGAUGAAUGGAAAGUGGUCAGCCAACUCAGAAUCUCAUCCCUGCAGCUCUCGGACGCGGGGUGGUACCAGUGUGCCGUGAACCUGGGAGGAAAGACCUUCCUGUCCCAGCCUGGCUAUGUUGGGCUGGAGGGCCUGCCUUACUUCCUGGAGGAGCCGGAGGACAGGGCCAUGGCCGCCAAUACCCCCUUCAACCUGAGCUGCUGGGCCCAGGGACCCCCAGAGCCCGUGGACCUACUCUGGCUCCAGGAUGCUGUCCCCCUGACUCCAGUCAUGGGCCGUGGCCCCCAGCAUACACUGCGCAUCCGAGGCUUGAACAAGACGUCUUCUUUCUCCUGUGAAGCCCACAAUGCCAAGGGGGUCACCACAUCCCGCACAGCCACCAUCACAGUGCUCCCCCAGAGGCCCCACAACCUCCACCUGGCUUCCCGUCAGCCCACAGAGCUGGAGGUGGCUUGGACCCCAGGCCUGAGCGGCAUCUACCCCCUCACGCACUGUACCCUGCAGGCUGUGCUGUCAGACGAUGGGGUGGGUGUCUGGCUGGGAGAGCCAGACCCCCCCAAAGAACCUAUCACCUUGCAAGCAUCCGUCCCCCCUCACCAACUUCGGCUGGGUGGCCUCCACCCUCACACUCCUUACCACAUCCGGGUGGCCUGUACCAGUAGCCAGGGCCCCUCGCCCUGGACCCACUGGCUUCCUGUGGAGACACCGGAGGGAGUACCCCUGGGCCCCCCUGAGAACGUUAGUGCCAUGCGGAAUGGGAGCCAAGCCCUCGUGCGUUGGCGGGAGCCAAGGGCACCCCUGCAGGGCACCCUGUUAGGGUACCGGCUGGCCUAUCGAGGCCAGGACACUCCGGAGGUGCUAAUGGACAUAGGGCUAAAGAGAGAGGUGACCCUGGAGCUGCAGGGGGAUGGGACUGUGCCCAACCUGACCGUGUGUGUGGCAGCCUACACCGCUGCUGGGGAUGGGCCCUGGAGCCACCCUGUGCCCCUGGAGUCCUGGCGCCCAGGGCAAGGACAACCAAUCCACCUGCUAGUGAGUGAGCCCCCAGCCCCUGCCUUCUCAUGGCCCUGGUGGUAUGUACUGCUGGGAGCAGUUGUGGCCGCUGGCUGUGUCUUCAUCUUGGCCCUGUUCCUCGUCCACCGACGGAAGAAGGAGACCCGCUAUGGAGAGGUGUUUGAACCAACAGUGGAGAGGGGUGAACUGGUGGUCAGGUACCGUGUUCGCAAGUCCUACAGCCGCCGGACCACUGAAGCCACCUUGAACAGCCUGGGCAUCAAUGAAGAGCUGAAGGAGAAGCUUCGGGAUGUGAUGGUGGACCGUCAUAAGGUGGCCCUGGGGAAGACCCUGGGAGAAGGAGAAUUCGGAGCUGUGAUGGAGGGCCAGCUCAACCAGGAUGACUCCAUCCUCAAGGUGGCUGUGAAGACAAUGAAGAUUGCCAUCUGCACAAGAUCCGAGCUGGAGGAUUUCCUGAGUGAAGCCGUCUGCAUGAAGGAAUUCGAUCACCCCAACGUCAUGAGGCUCAUUGGUGUCUGUUUCCAGGGUUCUGAACGAGAGGGCUUCCCGGCACCUGUGGUCAUCUUACCUUUCAUGAAACAUGGAGACCUGCACAGUUUCCUCCUCUACUCCCGGCUCGGGGACCAGCCAGUGUUCCUGCCCACUCAGAUGCUGGUGAAGUUCAUGGCAGACAUUGCCAGUGGCAUGGAGUAUCUGAGUACCAAGAGAUUCAUACACCGAGACCUGGCUGCCAGAAACUGCAUGCUGAACGAGAACAUGUCCGUGUGUGUGGCGGACUUUGGGCUCUCUAAGAAAAUCUACAAUGGGGACUACUACCGGCAGGGACGCAUCGCCAAGAUGCCAGUCAAGUGGAUCGCCAUCGAGAGCCUAGCUGACCGGGUCUACACCAGCAAGAGUGAUGUGUGGUCCUUUGGAGUGACGAUGUGGGAGAUUGCCACGCGAGGCCAAACCCCAUAUCCAGGAGUGGAGAACAGCGAGAUUUACGACUACCUGUGCCAGGGAAACCGCCUGAAACAGCCUGUGGACUGUCUGGAUGGACUGUAUGCCCUGAUGUCCCGGUGCUGGGAGCUAAACCCCCGGGACCGGCCGAGCUUCUCAGAACUUCGGGAGGAUCUGGAGAACACCCUGAAGGCCCUGCCCCCUGCCCAGGAGCCCGACGAGAUCCUCUAUGUCAACAUGGAUGAGGGUGGGGGGCAUCCUGAACCACUUGGAGCUGCUGGAGGAGCUGACCCCCUAACCCAGCCUGACCCUAAGGAUUCUUGCAGUUGCCUCACCGCGGCUGAGGUCCAUCCUGCUGGACGCUAUGUCCUCUGCCCUUCUACCGCCCCCGGCCCUACUCUGCCCACGGAAAGGAGCUCCCCAGCUCCCCCAGGGCAGGAGGAUGGAGCCUAAGACAACCCUCUACCUGGGACUCCCUCUCAGGACCCAAGCUAGGCACUGCCACUGGGGGAGCCUACCCUAUCAACUAUUUCUCCAUUCCAGGCCUCACCCCAAACUACAGCCUUCUCUUCCUACCUAUUCCACUUCCAUCCCAGACAGAUCCUUUCCUUUUUCCAUGCCUUAGAGUCCCCAUGUGUAAAAGGAAGGGGUUGUACCGCAAUCCCUAAGGAUCCUUCCAGGUCUGACAUUCCACGAUUCUAGAUUCUAAGGUUUAAAGAGUCUAGAUUCGAAGGUUCUAGGUUUCAAAGAUGCUAUUAGUCUUUGGCUCUAAGGACCUAAAAUCCCAAAGUCUCUAAUUCUAAAGUGCUAAGUUUCUAGACAUGGAAGUUGCAAGGUCUAUAUUCCAAGGCUCUGAGAGCCCAUGGCUCUAGAUUUUUCUGGUUCUAGGAUUCUUCAUAAAGCCCACAAGAUUUUGGGUUCUAAGCUCUAAGAUUCUAGUUUUAGGAUCCAAGGUUCUGUGAUCCUAGACUUUAUUUUUCUAGGGUUCUGAAUUCUUAGGGUAUAAGAUUCUAGAUUCUACAAUUCUAGACCUGGAGGUUCUAAGGCCUAAUGUUCUAAAAUCUGAUGUUCUAAGCCUCCUAGACUGUAAAUUCUCUGGCUUAUCAGACUCUACAUCAUAAGGCUUCCAGAUUUUAUCUUCUCAAGUUCAAAGCUUCUAAUAAUGGUUAAUUAUAAGUUUUAAGGCUUCAUGAUCCUUGAAACUCUUAUGAGAUUCUGGAUCCUAAAUAUCUAAGGUUAAAAUGUGCAAUUCAAAAGUUCUAAGAGUCUAAAGAUGGAGGUUCAAAGGUCUAAUGUUCUAAGAUGUGAUGUUCUAAGACUUAGUCUAAGAACCUAGAUUCUCUGUGUCUAAGAUUCUAGACCAUAUGCUUCAAGAUUCUAGAUUAUUAAACUCAAAGAUUCUAAUGUUGUUCUGUUCUAUGUUCCAAGGUACUCUAGAGUCUAUUGGUCCAAGAUUCUGGACCCUCAGCACUAAGGUAUAAAACUCUAUAGUUAGUUGUGGCUAGCUAGAUACCAAAGUUUUAAUCAUUUCUAAUGACAUUCUAAUCAUUUAAUACCUUUAGGUUCAAUGCUGCAUUCCACCUUUCUAGGGUUUUAGUUGAGGGUCCAAGAAUCCACAGUUCUAAAUCUUAAGUUCCUAGGCACUGUAGUUCUAAGAUUCAAACGUUGUAGUUGUAAGAUUCAAAAGUUCAAAGAUUCUAAAGGUGUACUGGUCUAGAAUUCCAAGGUAUGAUUCCAAGAUUCUAAUCUUACAGUAUUCUUCUGUGCGACUCUCCCUUUCUUAGCCACCUCUGCUUCCUCCUCCCCUCAUGUGGGGGCAUGCCUCCCCUCAAGCCUGUGCAAUGCAUUAGGGAUGCCUCCUUUCCCCAGGAGACAAUUUCCCUCCUUUUGGGCCAUGCUGCCCCCCUGAGCCAAUCCCUCAAGCCUCCUGUACAGAGGUGUGGACUCUGGUGCCUCCAGAGGGGCUCAGAUCACAUAAAACUUUAUAACCACA